CUUAAAUUCGCCUAAUAAAUUAAAAAAAAAAAUAUUUAUGUUUGAUAAUAAUAAUAAUUGUGACUUUAUAUAUUAUCAUAUAUGACUCCAAAGAUAACUGCUUUUCUUUUCUUUUUUGACAUUAUAAAAAUCAUGACAGAUUCUGCAGAGCUAGAAGAAAUUGUUAAAGUAAUUCUCCCUUUUUUUUUUAUUUAUUUCAUUCUAUUUUGUCCAUGAGAUUUUAAGUUUUGUCGAUUAAGACUAUAGGAGAACAUCUUUCAAAAUUGUCAGAUACUAGCACUAAAGAUCGACCUGUGAAAAGGCGAUCUAUCGAAUCUGUCAAAAAUAUAAUUAUCAGCAUUAAAAAUAGAAAUGAUACAUCCAUAGCGGCGAUUUUUUUACUUGAGAAGACAUUGGAUGCUUUACUCAUUUCCUCUGAAAGUGAAAUUGAGAUGGUUAGAGAGCAAACAGUUGAUUCAUUAAAUAGAUUGAUCAGCUAUUGUGAGAAGGGAGAAAUAAAAAAUAAUUUGAUGGAAAAAUUGCUUGAUCACAUGACACAACGUAUUAAAAAAGAAACAACUGAAGAAAUUCGUGUUGCUUGGAUGGAAUUGUGCGUUAAAUUAUCAAAACAAUCAGAUUCUAAAAUUUCAAUAAAAAUAAGUGAAUUAUUCAUGGAUAUAAUGCAAAUAGCCGGUGAGGAUCUCUUUGCUGAUGUACAAAAGGAAUGUGCAAAGCUUAUUGUAUUGUACUCCAACACUCAGUCUAAAUCUGUGGAUUAUGCCUGUGAACGAAUGAUUCGCUUAACAAUGCCUAUUCUUACACAUAAGCAUGCAGCUGUUCGAGUUUCUGGCAUUAAGGCUAUGGAGGCAGUAUUAAUGGCAUCACCAAAAGGCUUGCAUUCAUUAUUUGAAUAUAAUGAAAAAUUAGACAAACAGCCAAUCAUUCCAGGAUUAAUUUAUGAUACAUCUGCAUUUGUACGAGAUAAUUUAUUUACCGUAUUAGGCAACUUAUUAUGCCAAUGGCCGCCUCGUGAAAGAUAUCAAUAUGGGGAAAUGAUAUUACCUAUUAUUUUAUCAGGUACAUUUGAUGAACUACCUACUGUACAGACAACAUGUCAAACAAGUUUAUCUAAAGUUGCUAAAAGCUGUACACAAGAUUUAUAUGAUGCUGGAAUUUUACAAGAGAUACCCACAGAUGAAAAAAUAGUUGAAAAUACAGGUUUAAAGCAUCUUGUUCACAUGUGUUUCGAACAUAGUCUAGACUAUUUACUUCAUAGUAUCACUGACUUUAUCAAGAUUAGACAAGAAACUGCCCUUGAUUCACUUAAAUUAUUUUUAGAAUAUGUGGCCUUGGAUGACCUUGUUCGACGAAUUAAAAAGAUAAUACAUUAUUUGUUUAUUGCAUAUGCUAACCAAAUGGAAAUAAGCACCCGUGAUAGAAUUCUUGGUAUUAUUAAUCUGUUAUUGACUCAGCUGCCAUCCCCUGAAUUGUACUUGGAUGUUCUACUGCUCAAAUUAGAAAAAAGUUAUUUGGCUAAAGAAAGUAACGGCUAUCCAGGUAACAUAACUAUUGCUGUUGUUAUGGACUUUUUAGAGUAUCUAUGUAACAAGCCCAAUAUGACAUUAUCAGAAUCAACACAACAACGUAUUCUUAAUGCUAUCAAUAAGCCUUAUCUAAAGGAAUAUGCAGAGGAAGAUAAAUUAGCUUAUUCAGUAAAUUUGAUAAAAGCUUCCCUUAAUAAAACAAUUAACUUAUAAACUAUCAA